AGUUGGGCUUAUUUAUAUUUACAACAAGUGAUGGGGGUCCAUGAAACGCAACAAUCCCAAACCCAAAUAUUGAAUAGCCGACAAUGCGGUGUUCGAUAAAUUGACAGUCAUAUGGAUCCCCGAUGGGUAGGACCCUACAACUCAAGCUUCUAUUCUCAUACAUAAAGGUCGACGGGGAGCAGUCAAAGUUAAUCUUUUGAUUAUCUCAACUAUGGUCUUUACUCUGCCCUCCCAAACUACCACUCCUCUCGAGCCUCUUGGCUUCUCUGUUCCCUCCAAGGAGUACUUGGUCAAGCAGUUCGUUGGCAAGAAGCUCAAGGACUGCCGCACUCCCAGACUGGUCGUUGACCGUUCUGUCGUCAAGCGUAACUGCGAGCACAUUGCUGCCGUUGGAGCCAAGAGUGGAAAGAAGAUUCGUGUUCAUAUCAAGACUCACAAGACCAUCGAAGCUACCGAGAUCCAAUUGGACUCUGCCAAAACCGAUGCUAUCGUCGUGUCUACUUUGGCAGAAGCUUACUAUGUGAUCAACUCCCACCUUGUCUCAUCUGGCAAGCUCAAGGAUGUCCUCUUUGGCUUCCCUGUCAGCCCUGACCGAUUUGAUGAUGUCUACCACCUCAGCACCAAGGUUGAAAAGUUCUGCAUUUUCAUUGAUCACGACCAGACUUUGGAUGCUCUUGAAGCAUACUGCCAACAAAGAUUCGGCGAGGGCGGCGCUCCUAAGCUCAACGUGUACAUGAAGGUUGAGUGUGGCAACGAACGCGCAGGCGCCGCUAUCAAUAAUGACGAUUCUGUCAAUUUGGCAAGACGUCUGACCACCUCCCCGCUUUUGAAUGUCGUUGGCCUUUAUACCCACGCUGGUCACUCAUAUGCUUCUCGUGAUACCAAUGCGGCUGUAAACUUCCUCAAGUCUGAGCGUGAUGCUGCUCUUGCUUACAAGAAGUUCCUUGCUGACAACGGUGUCCUGUUUGAGAACAUCUCCAUUGGUGCCACUCCUACAGUCAUGGCCGCUGGUUUGGUUGAUUCUUCUGAAUUGGAAGGUAUCACUGAGCUCCAUGCUGGUUCCUUUGUCCUUAACGACCGUCAGCAACUUGCCACACAGCUUCUUGAUGAAUCUGGUCUUGCUGUCACUGUUCUCUGCCGAGUAGCCUCCAGAUAUCCUGAACGUGGAAGCUUCCUUAUGGAUGGUGGUGCUCUUGGUUUCUCCAAGGAUCCUGCACCCCAAGGUGGAUUCGGAGACAUCGUUGGAAAGCCUCACUGGAAGCUCAACAAGCUUGCUCAAGAACACAGCAUUGUCACUGAAGUUCCCCUUGAAGAAUUCAAGCAUGUCAACGUCGGCGAUGUGUUCCGCAUUGUUCCCAACCACUGCUGCCUUACUGCCGCUUGUUACGAGUUCUUCUUGAUCAUCGAGGAGAAUGGUGAUGAGGUUGUCGAUAUCUGGGUCCCUGUCCGAGGAUGGUAAAUCUGGCACUUGUUCCUCUCUUUGACAUUUUUCUCACUUCCUCAUGCAUAUAUACUUGUACCUUACCGCGUUGAUAUCGCCCUCUUGUCCAAUAAAAACUCAUAUUUAGAACUUAAACAAAAAGAU